AUGGCAACUCCUGAUGGCUCGAAGGCGGGGCGGUCGCUCCAGUUUUUGCCAGUCAACCAAUUAGGUUCUCCGCCCGAGGUAAAGCGCCGUAGGGCCUACCAGUCAUGCGAGCCAUGUCGCAGGCGCAAGUCGCGCUGCGUGCCGGAAAAAGCAGGUCAACGACAACCCUGCAAGAGGUGCGUUGCCGAAAACCAACAGUGCGACUUCAGAGACACAAGAAGUGUCCAGCGCAGGACUGGGCGCGCACAAGGCGGUCGCUCUGAGGAUGCUGGCACUUCAUCAGCUUCUAGCUUGCCGGCACCUGUUUCGCAUGAAGUUGGUGUGCCUCAGGGCAAUGUGGACGUCGAAGUCAACUCCGCGCCUUGUAGCAAUUGGUUUGACUUAACAGGGAAUUCAAAUUCAAACCCAGGCUCGGAUCCGGACAUACAUAUCCCGGUGCCAACGCCGAUGCAGAAGCAACAGCUAUUAGUGGGCUCUCAGGACCCGGAUACAGCGUCAAAUCAUUCGUCGCCUUCAACCAAUCCAACGGCUCGUAGCAGGAUUAUCUCUGCGCAACUACAUAAUACUGCUGAUGCUCUUGACCUGCUGACUUUUACGGCCGCUGGAGAGCGAGAGAAUCCUCACGAUGGGUCUUCCAGGAUCGGAGCAACGCCAUCAGCGAACUCUUCUGACGGAUUGGGUUUACGAGGUGGUGCCAGUUGGGAUUGGGAAAAAUUCGUUCUAAUCAAAAAAGGAGUCAUCACUAAGAGUGAGGUCAUAGAGUAUCUGGACCAUUAUUUCGCUGUCAUGUGGCCGUUACGCCCAGUGGUUCAUCCGUUAUACAGGGACAAGAAUCAAUAUACCCAGUUGCUUACCGAAGAGCCUCUACUUUCAAUUAGCCUCAUCACAGUAUCUUCUCGAUACCAUCCCCUCUCAGGCUCUCAUGGCGAGAUAAGAUCCGAACGUAUUCAUUGGCAAUCUUGGAAAUUUCUUCGGAAGCACAUUCAAUCUGCGCUCUGGGGGUCCCCAUACACUCGGUCACCAGGUGCCAUUGCUGCUAUGUUAUUGAUGAUCGAGUGGCACAGUAAAUCCAUUAACAAUCCCGUUGAGUUCUCUAAAGAGGAGGAUCAUGAUAUCCUCAGCAGCCAAAUCCAACGUCAGGCGAUUUCCAACACACAAUCAGGCCAAUUAACCUCAUUGACGAGUCAGCAAAGAUACGGGAUGACCAACCUUUUGGAAAGUUUGAACAUAGUUGCGCCAGCAUACCGCAGUAACAAGAUGUCAUGGAUGCUUCUGUCUACAGCAAUUGCCUUGGCGCAUGAAGGUUGCUGCUUUGAUCAUGAGUCUCAAGGCCCGGGUUUCCAAGCCUCAGAAAACGAACUACAUAAACAGCAGUGGAAUCAACUGCUAUGUGUCUUCCUAUACCUCACAGAUGAGAACCUCGCGAUGCGUCUAGGGCUAAACCCUCUUCUACCAGAAAAGUCGAGUGAUACCGUCCAGAAUCGAUAUUCAACAACUUUUGCCAGCAUACUCCCGGACACUGCGAUUUGGGAGAGCUAUUUUGACCUUUCAACCGAAACAAGAAAGGCCAGGUCUCUACUUCAAUCUUUGAAAAAAGGUGGCCUUACUUUUGCCAGUGUGAAUAUACUCCCUGAACUAGCACAUAUCGAAAGAGCUCUGGCUCGUUGGAAGCGACAACAUGCAUGUUUAAACUCAAGCGAAACAGCGCUUCUCGGUGCUUGCUUAGACAUCGAGUAUCACUACUCCGUUAUGUACAGUUUUGCUCCCGCAAGUAAUGUACUUCACCAUGUCUCGACGGAGUCAACUGAAGGGAAGGCAAACGACGUAGAAGUUGCGGCCUUGAUAAAACUAGCAGAUCAGGCAACCCAAGCGAGCCAACAAAUAUUAUCAAUCGUCGUCAACGUUCUCCAGCCUUCCCAAUUGAUGAGAUAUCUUCCUGUUCGAUGCUGGGUUUUCAUUGUUGCCGCUAAUAUCCAUUUACUAAAGAGUGUUUUGACUGGAAAUCCUGAUGUUACCGAGGCUGAUGAGAACAUGCAGCUCAUUCGAGCAUCGAUCAUAGCCAUCCGCAAUGGGUCUCCCGAUGACACACACAUGGCAGUUCGUUAUGCGCAAUUCCUUGAAAUCCUCCUAGAUGCUUCGCUGCGCUCCUCUAAAGCGCAAAGCCCAGCUGGAGAAAACAUAGGCCCGGACGCUGCAGCCGCUACAGGAACAGAGAACGUGGAUUGGGGUUACUACACGACGUCAAUAUCAGCGAUAGAUAGCUUGGCAACCUUCAAUCUUUCAAGUGGAAUAGGGCCUCAGAUGGAUUCUCUUCUGUGGUGGGAUGGUGCCUUUGGAUUGACUGGAAAUACGGGAUUCUAUUAA